UCUAUAUUAGCCGGUUUUGUUCUGGAAUCUUCUUUGAUAUUUACAAACACGAACUCUAUACUGUUUGUUUCCCGAGAAAAUUUUCUUUUCUUUUCUUUUCAAAACGAAAUAGAAUCUUUCAGUAAGGAAACUUUCCUGCGUCUAACUUUUGGCUGCUUUUGAAAAGAGUGAUAAUCGAUCAACUUUAAUUGUGAUCUUCAAUUUCUAAUUGAGUAAUGGAGGAUUCUGAAGAGCAGAAGCAAAGUCAACCGAUUGGUGAGGAUGAUGAAAAUGAAAUAGUUGCUGAAAGUGCUGCUUUUGUUCAUGGUGAUCCUCCUCAAAACGGUGAUGGUCCCCCAAAAGUCGAUUCUGAGGUGGAAGUCCUCCAUGAGAAAGUCACGAAACAAAUUAUCAAGGACGGACAUGAUCAGAAACCAUCAAAAUAUUCAACUUGCUUCUUGCACUACAGAGCAUGGACUGAAAGCACCCAGCACAAGUUCGAUGAUACAUGGCUCGAGCAACGGCCCACUGAAAUGGUUAUAGGAAAAGACUCGAAGAAGCGACUAUCGAUAAGGCUCGAGGCGAACGGAUCGAGAUAUCUUCAAGCUUAUUUGAAGGAUUUGGAUAGCAAAUGGGAUGGUAUGAUAUGAUUUGAAGAGUUAAGCUUCCGAAGUUUUAAUUCUUGGAAGUCAUUUGUAUAAGAAGAAAAAGAAGGUUUUUAAUUCUAGCAGUCCGCAGUAGUCUAGAUAUUUUAACUAGAAUUUUGUAUAACGCGUUUUUAACUCUGAUAUUAUUUGUAAAUGGGGUCACAUGUAUUUUAAUAUAUGAAAUAUGUUUUGAUUUGCGAAAAAUUUACACAGGUUUUUAGGCUUGCUACGGGAUUUGGAGCUACCACUCCCAUUCCCUAGCGCCG